UUUGACAGCUGAUUGGAAUGCCAUCGCGUGUUUGUCAACAUAAUGCUGAGAAAGCACCUUUCUUUAUGAGAAAAGAUGGAAAUUAUGCCCUCAUACAAAUAUGGACAUGUUUAUGUCAGUUCUGCCAGUUAUAGCAGACAGUCAUACAGCAGUGGAGAAGAAUCUAGUGAUUGUGAAUUAGCUGACCACGACUACAAUAGUCAGCAGUUUACUAGCAAGAAAGUCGUUAAUAAAGGAAGGUGGACAACUGAGGAGGACGAAAAGUUACGCAGCCUUGUAGAAGUCAAGGGCGACUCUGACUGGAAGCAGAUAGCUAGCUAUUAUCCUGAUAGAUCAGACAUCCAGUGUCAACACAGAUGGUGUAAAGUUCUCAACCCUAAUCUUGUCAAAGGAGCCUGGACCAAAGAAGAGGAUGAAAAAGUAAUUCAGCUGGUGAGAGAAAUUGGAGCAAAGCAUUGGACCCAAAUCUCCAAGCAGCUUCAGGGCAGGACUGGGAAACAGUGCAGAGAGAGGUGGCAUAAUCACUUAAAUCCAGAAAUAAAGAAAUCGGCCUGGACCCGAGAAGAAGACGCACUGAUUUACCGACUUCACGGGGCCCUCGGCAACAGAUGGGCAGAAAUAGCCAAGUAUCUACCCGGCAGGACUGAUAAUGCAAUAAAGAAUCAUUGGAAUUCUACAAUGAAGAGAAAGUAUGAGGAGCGGAUCCCACCAGCUGACUUUACGUACACCCCAGCGAUCAUUACUGGGCAGCCCUGCACUCCAAGUAAUUCCACAGUCCCUUCACUUCAGCCAGUCCAGCUCUUCCCUAAUGCCCACAUCAGCCAAGAUUCUGUGAAUGCCUUUAUUACAGGUCCAGAUGGUGGUCAGAGGGUGAAUGUGUUGAACAUUGUACCAGUUGGAAAAAAUGGAGGCAGCAAAAAGACUCCAUCAAAGUUCACUUCACUGUAUUCUAAAGAGUACAGAUUUGAUGGGAAAGCUAUAAAGAAACUGAAGAGUCCGGGACGACUGAUUCCAAUCCCCUCCCCGGUGACGUCCAAGUUUUCAGCUGUACCCUCAAUCUUAAGAAGGGGAAAGGACAGAAGGAAAAAUGUGGCCAAAAUGAGCAAAGUGUUAAAAAAGAGAAACAUAAUAAACAUAACAAAAAGACAUUACCUGGAGUCAGCUGACCUAGGUACAGCCAUCGGAAAUGAAAGUGAGGCUAGUGACACAGAAAACACAGACCCUGUUGGUCUGCCCUUCAAGGCCUACAAGGAGAAGCCUGUAAAUCAGAUAGAACUGGGAGUUGUUCUGAGGGAGAUCAAUCCAGAAAAUUUAGAUGAUGUCCCUGAAAAAGGAAGUAAUUCCGUGUCAGAACUAGAGUCUGUGACUCCCAAUGGAACACCAAUCAAGACUUUGCCAUUUUCUCCCUCAGUGUUCCUGAACAGUCCUGGGAUUCCUAUGGGUAGAGUGACUUCCACUCCAGUGUGCAGUCAGCGAGAGGCAGCCACACCCACCUGUCCACUGCAGAGCAGUGCAACCAAAACAAGUCAACCCAAGUCGGCCCAGUGUACCCCCAGGAUUAGGAGGACCCUGCUGAAUGCCACCCCCAGGACUCCCACUCCUUUUAAGGAGGCUGUUGCUGACAAGAAGAAUAAAAUUAAUGAUAUGCCAGAAGAUGUUGAUGGGAAGGAAGAAAACAGACUGACAUUUACCCCAGACAUCGCUCAAAUCACCCGGGGAGGAAAACAAGUAUCUGUCAAAAAGGCUCAGCCAAAGCGCAAGAUGAGAAAAUGUCUGGCAACAAGAUGGCUGUCACCAAGGAGAAAUAUAGGCUUUCCAGAGGAAAAACCAAUGGUUUUAUCACCUGAAACACCAAGUAAAUCGCUGCUGAAUGAUGCCAGUGUGCUGUUCUCUCCUCCUUCCAUCAUCAAGGAAACUCUACCAGAGGAAAUCCUGGAGGAAACAAAACCUCCCAAAAAGGAGGCCACCAAUAAGAGUUCUGUGGUAAGGAAAUCCAGUAGGAAAAUCCAGUUUGCAGAAACAGAGUCACUCAGCAAUUCAAAGAUGAAUAAAGAUUAUGUGAAGAUUGCUUGUGGAAGAACUGAUGAUCAAAUCCUUAUGAUUGAUUAUGCCAGGAGCAUAGUUAAAAGUGCUUCUUUUAUAUAGCUGACGUAAAAACACAGCAUUGUGAAAUGAAACAAGCUCUUAUCAUACUGUGCAGUUUUUAUGAAUCAGCAAGAUGGAUUUGUGUUUAAGAUAAGGAUUUUCCACUGUUCUGAGAAAAUUAAAUUGUUUGUCUUCCUGAAAAUUAACUUACAGAUCAUAUGGUAUCAGUUGUAGCAUAGGAAAUAUUUUUUAAAAAUCCAUAAGUAAUCCUAUGCUUCAAAGACUAUGCUUGUGAAUGCAAGCAAGCACUUGUGUAGUUACUUUAAAUUUUCUUGCAUUUGAUAGUCAGAUGUAAUAGUUAUGAUAUGGCAGCUUUCAUUCCUGUUUUUUUUCUUGCCUUUGUUGACAGAUUGAUAGAACAGUAAAAAUGAUAUUGUAAGGGUAUUGCUAGGAUUGAAGUAAAUUUGUCAAUUCUUGUAUAGAUGAACAUGUACAUGUGCAAAAGCUGCUUUCAUAAUAUGCCUUGUUGUUUAUUACUGGAAGCAAGCACUGAUAAUCUGUUAUGACAUAUUUCUUACUCCAUUGAUUUAUUAAGACUGAAUGUAAUUCAGGGUAUUCCCCCGGGGGU